AUGGUGGUCAACACCGGUGAUGCCGCCACCGGCUCUUACCACCAAUUGCUACCCUACGUUGCCGCCGCGGUGGUGGCAUACCCGAUCCUGGUCCACCUCCUGCGCUACCGUGGGUCGAACGCCCUGCGGCGCCGGUUCCCGUAUGGUCCCGAGGCCGGCAAGGACCACAAGCCCUACUCGGCCAUGACGAACAACGAGGCCCAGGCCAUCCUGCAUCGCCUCUCCGACUGGGAGUUCCCCACCAUGGUCCUCCUGGGCCUGCAGAUGGCUCUGCUGCGCACCUACGGCAUCCCGUCCAUCUCGCGCCUGCUGGCGGCGACCCGGCAGCUAGGCCAGGGCGACAACGUGGGCCGCCGCUACGCCGACACGAGCCUCAUCAUGCACGAGAUCUACGCCAACGCGCCCGACACAGCCCGCAGCGCCGAGGCCUACGCCCGGCUCAACUAUCUGCACAGCGUCUACAUCAAAGCCGGCAAGAUCUCCAACGACGACCUGCUCUACGUCCUGAGCCUGUUCAUGUACGACCCCGUCGACGCCAUCAAGCUCUACGACUGGCGCAGCCUCACCGAGAUGGAGCGCUGCGCCUUUGGCGUCUUCCACCACGGCAUGGGCACCGCCAUGGACAUCGACUUCUCGCCCCUCCCCAGCGCCGCCGCGGGCUUCCGCGACGGCCUGCACUUUUACGACGAGCUGUACGCCUGGAGCAAGGCCUACGAGCGCGCCCAGAUGCUGCCCGCCCAGUCCAACCACGACGUGGCCGUCCACACCGUGAACCUGAUCAAGGGCGACUUCCCCGCCUUCCUGCACCCCCACGUCGAGCACCUGGUGUACUCCGUCUUCAACGACCGCUUCCUGGCCGCCUGCAAGUUCCCCACCCCGUCGCGCGCCUACCGCCUCGUGACCCGCGGCGGCUUCGCCCUCAAGCGCUACGCCUGCCGCCACCUGCUGCUGCCGCGCAUGACGCCCUACGCUCCCUGGCGCAGCUACGACCCGGCCGAGGACGUCGGCCCCGACGGCAGGCGCUGCUUCACCACCUACGCCGGGCUGCCCGUCUACGUGCGCCCGACCUUUUGGAACCGCUGGGGCCCCGAGGCCUUGUACUUUCGCCUCAUCGGGAAGCCCCUCCCCGGCGACAAGGGCAUGGAGCCCGAGGGUUACCUGCUCAAGGACGCCGGCCCCAGGCAGCACAGCGGCAAGGGCUGGGACGAGGCUGAGCUGAACGCAAAGAAGCUGCUAAAGAUGCCCAGGGGCGGGUGUCCCUUUGCAGUCAUUUCCUACAAAGCAUAUUCGCAUACAGCUUGA